GUGCCAUCGCGACAUCUAUCUAUCCAUCCCUGCAACCAACAACCGUUUCUCCGAAACAACCGCUCUCGUCUCCUGCCGAUCCUCUCCAGAUCCGAGUCCAAAAAUAAGCCAGAUAAUGCAAGUUGAUCGAUGAGUUGAUCUGUUCGUCGAUCGUCUCUCUGCCAAUCUCUCCUCUCCUGGUUGUUGGGCUUUUGAUCGCCGUUUGAAGUAGUCUUCAUUAAAUUUGCUCCAUGUUUUGAACCGUACCGGUUCUUGGUCGUUUAUAUCUCCCUCCCAGCUACUACUGGUCAAUAAUAGGCAAAUAGUUAUUCGAUCGCGGUUAUCUGUAGGGGGUCAUCAUCUUCGUCUCCAUCGCAAGAAUUCAAUCUGCCUUUUGAAAUUGGUCGUCGUCUCCCUCGCCCCUACGAGCUCGAUCGUUCCUUGCAACUUCCUUGCUCACCGAUCGCCACCGGCCGUCGCGCGUCAGGGCGCGCGGCUCCAUCAAAAAGGUUGCGCGCGCGUGGAGCCAUGCAGCAGGAGCUAUAGCAUCUGAGAGUAUCGAUCGAUCCGCAGGCAGCAGAUCGAUCGCGCCGGAGCGUGGCGGUUGGUUGCCGGCGGUAGAUCGAACGCCAGCAUGCAGGCGAACGGCCGCGGCGAGCAGCACUCGCCGAGGUCGGCGGCGGCCGGCUGGCCGUCCCCGCGCGGCGGCGGGGGCGAGCAUUACUCCCCGUCGCCGUCCAAGACCCCGCGCGGCGGCGCGGCGUCGCCGAAGCUGCCGGCCAGCGCGGCGUGGCUGGUGGACAGCCGGUGGGCGCUCUCGGCCGCGCUCAGCCUGCUGCUGUUCCUGGCCGUCGGGCUCGCCGUGACGUCCUUCUCCUCCUCGUCGUCGGCGCCGCCGUACAUCUCCGCGUCGGCCUUCUUCUCCUCCUCCGACCAGGCCCAUCACGUGCACGCCGCCGACUUGGUGCAGGAGGGCGUCCACGUGAGCCAGCAGCAGCAGCAGCCGGAGUCCCUUGCCUCCCCGCCGCCGCCGCCCGGCGCCGACCUGCCGCGGCUGGCGUACCUGAUCUCCGGGUCCAAGGGCGACCUGGAGCGGCUGUGGCGCGCGCUGCACGCGCUCUACCACCCGCGGAACCAGUACGUGGUGCACCUGGACCGCGAGGCCCCCGUGUCGGAGCGGCUGGCGCUGGCGGCCCGCGUGUCCAACAGCACCGUGUUCCGGCGCGCCGGCAACGUCCACGUCGUCCACCGCGCCAACAUGGUGACCUACCGCGGCCCCACCAUGGUGGCCAACACGCUGCACGCCUGCGCCAUCCUCCUCCGCCGCGGCGGCGCCUGGGACUGGUUCAUCAACCUCUCCGCCUCCGACUACCCGCUCAUGACCCAGGACGACAUCCUGCAAGUCUUCUCGACGGUGCCCAGUAACGUCAACUUCAUCGAGCACACCGGUUACCUAGGCUGGAAGGAGGGGCAGCGGGCGCGUCCUCUGAUCGUGGACCCCGGGCUGUACGGGUCGAAGAAGCAGGACAUCUUCUGGGCGUCGCCGAAGCGGGAGCUCCCCACGGCGUUCAAGCUCUUCACGGGGUCGGCGUGGGUGGCGCUGUCGCGGGACUUCGUGGAGUACACGGUGUGGGGCUGGGACAACCUGCCGCGGACGCUGCUCAUGUACUACGCCAACUUCGUCUCCUCCCCGGAGGGCUACUUCCAGACGCUCGUCUGCAACGCGCCCCGCUUCGUGCAGACCGUCGCCAACCACGACCUCCACCACAUCCAGUGGGACGUGCCGCCGCGCCAGCACCCGCACGCGCUCGCGCUCGCCGACCUGCCGGCCAUGGUGCGCAGCGGCGCGCCCUUCGCCAGGAAGUUCCCCAGGGACGACCCCGUGCUCGACGCCAUCGACGCCGAGCUCCUCGGCCGCCCGCCGCCGCCGCGCGGCGGCAACGGCACCGCCCCCGCGGCGGCGGCGGCGACGUUCGUGCCCGGCGGGUGGUGCGGCGGCGACGCGAGCUGCGGCGGCGUGGACAACGACUGGGUGCUCAGGCCCGGGCCCGGCGCCGAGAGGUUCCAGAGGCUCAUCGAAAGGAUCGUCAGGUCCGAGGCCUUCCCCAACAGGCAGUGCAAGUAGUGCUAGAUCAUACAUACCGUGUGCGUUUUGUUACCUUCUGGAUCCUCUCGUCAGUGUACAAACAAACACCAACAGAUUGGAACAUGUAAUAGAGAUGAUGAUCAUAGCAAAGCUUCGAUAUUAUACACACAUAAACCCUAGUCGAUCUAGUGAAUCCUCUUCUUGACCUGCUGCA